AUGCGGCCAGCCUUGCUGCUGCCACCAGCGCCUGCGAGAAAGGUCUCCGGUGGCGGUGGGCCCUGUCCCUCGCGACGGAGUCACGGCGACCCGCGAGGCCGAGGCCGCCUCCGCCGACCCCCGUUGAGGAGCGGCGCCCCCGGAGGCGGCCCCGCGGCCGAGCGCGCUCUCUUCACCCCCCACAGGGACGGCCGGGGGGCCCCCGGGCGGUGCGGGGACCGCGCCGCGUGGCGAGUCCGUGGGGGACGGUGGCGCCGAGCCCUGCUGCUGCUCGCGGGCGCGCGGCGCGCGAGGGCGGGGCCCGACGCGCUCGCCUGCGGCGCCGCGGUCGGGGCCUGCGGGAGAGGCGGGCAGUGGCGGCACGCGCUGUCUCUGCUCGGCACCGCGCGGAGGCUGGAGCUGGAGCUGGUGAUCGAGUGCUACAACGCGGCCAUCAGCGCGUGCGAGAAGAACGGCCAGUGGCAGCGGGCUUUGGCGCUGUUCAGCGAGGUGUCUCUGGUGAGACUGAGGCCAGACGUCGUCAGCGUCAACGCUGCCAUCACUGCGUGUCAGAUUGCCGGGCGAUGGCAGCACGCGCUGUCAUUGCUCGGGGGCCUGCCGCAGGCGAGCGUGGAGCCUGGCGUCGUCAGCUUCAACGCCCUGAUCAGUGCUUGCGAAGUUGGUGGGCAGUGGCAGCAGGCUCUGUCGCUGCUCCGUGAGCUGCGCCGGGUGAACCUCGAGGCAGACGUCCUGAGCUACAGCCCUGCCGUCAGUGCGUGCGAGAAAGCUCGGCAGUGGCAGCAGGCGCUGUCGUUGCUCGGCGAGUUGCGGCAAGGCGAGCUGGAGAUGGAUGUUUUGAAUUAUUGCUUCGCAGUCAGCGCUUGCGAGAAGGGCGGGAAGUGGCAGCUCGCGCUGUCAGCGCUGGUCGACCUGCACCAUGCAGUGAUAGCCCUGCACCAUGCAGUGAUAGCCCUGGACAUCGGGAACAGCAUUCCGGCAGGGCCGCACGAGCUUCAGACUCCUCGACGAGGGCCCCGAUGCCGCCAGAAGCAGAGCCGCUCGGAGGUCCUCUGCGCACGGUCGAAGGCCUAG